CACCACUCAGGACAACACAGCAGGAACCUUUUGUUAAUUUUUCAAAGUGAAAACUAUCAUGUCCCAAGUAAUACCCAACCAUGUGUUGCGAGUGGGACAGACAGUCUGCAUGGCACCCAAAGAAGACGGAGGUGGUUUCAGACAAGUGGCACACCCAAGAGGUAUAUCGAUGACUACCAAAUACUCCUAUUACACUUCAGAGAGAUGUGUGGGGCAGGUGACAUCACAAGUCAGUGGCCACCGGAUGGCAGACACAGCUCUUUAUGGUGGACCAAUGAACCCAAACUCUGCUGGAUCCUUUUACAAGGCUGCCGAGAAAGGGCCUCACAUUCCCACAAAUGGAUCAGAAGUAGAAGUCAAUGAGGAAGAUCCAAUGUCUCCAUCACUGGAUAUAUCCAUAGACAAUCUGAACCAGCUCAUCUUACAGCUGGAUCCCACCUUCCAACCCUUGCCUGUUAACACUGAUCUAAUAAAGAAAAAACGAGAGCCUUCACCCUGUAGGCCAGUUACAGCCAAGACUCCAAGUCCCCCAGCCAUAAAAUGCGUGGAGAUGAACCCCACCAGAGUAGUUGCUCAUGAGAGCAUACAAAGAUCUUCAAGCCCCACACCGCAAUUUGAGGGCAUACUCAUUUCACGUGGAACAGACAGUAACUGCACCCCAAAUGGCAGUCUCAUCUUCUGUGAGCCACAAUCACAUGCCAGCAAGCAACAAAAUCAGUAUCAGAAUCAAUCUACUGGGAUUAUCCACCAAGCAGCAGAAACCAUUGCUGUCCCUAAUAGAAGGUCUAAUCAACCCAAUUCUAUUUUAUCCUCAUCACUUGGCUCAGACAGCUCACUCUACACAAGGCCUUCAUUCUACAGCAGCGAGGCAUCGGUCCUGUCCACUAGUCCAGGAUCAGACACCAGCUAUAUUUUGGGAAGCACUCAUUCUCUUCCAUACGAUGACACAGAUGGCUACCAGUUCUCUUCAAGAAUGUUAGAAAGCCCAUUUGGGUCUGGGGGGUCCUUUUCCAACUUAAACAGCCCUGCAAUAAUGUCACCUACCACUCCUAUUCAUCGCUUUGACCACCAUGGCAGUUUUCACCACUCCAAAAUUUCUCCUCAUGCUUCAACAAAAGGUCACGCCAACAGCUGCCCGCCAUCUGUCAAUAAUUCCAGUAUGGACAUCCCCAUUCUUUUGGUUAAUGGGUGCUUGGAGAAUGGAGACCUCUCCUCCAAAUCUUCCAGAAACUUCCUGAAUGGACUCAAAAGAAAAGAAUCCUCUAGUUUCAACAAAACGUACUCUGAGUCCUCUAUCCCAACAUGUUCAGACAGCACUGUAAAAGAGGGUCAGUCUGGCAUGAAGUUUGUUAUGGACACGUCCAAGCUUUGGUUUAAGCCCAGCAUCACUCGUGACCAAGCUAUCGAGUAUUUGAUGGACAAAGAGCCGGGAACUUUCAUUAUCCGAGAUAGCACAUCCUUCCGGGGAUCCUUUGGGCUUGCUAUGAAGGUUCCAGGAACACUCUCCAAAACAGAUAACACAACAAAGGAGCUCGUCCGACAUUUCCUGAUUGAAUCAUCCCCAAAAGGAGUCCAUCUGAAAGGUGCCGCAGAAGAGCCUUACUUUGGGAGCCUCUCUGCAAUGGUGUACCAGCACACAAUCACCCCAAUAUCCUUACCCUGCAAACUGCGCAUCGCUGACAAAGCUCAGAAUGAUGGAGGGAGCAGUCCAGAUUCUCUUCCAGAUGCUACAUCAGAGCUGAAGACUUCAGCUGCAUGCAAUGUCUUGUAUCUGAACUCUGUCAGCACUGAAACCCUGACUGGAUCCAGCGCCAUCCAGAAAGCGGUGACUGUCACUUUUGAGAAGGCCGACCUCCAGGUGCCCACUAUUGUAAACUUUAAAGCCACAGAACAGGGAGUGACCCUGACCGACAUUCAGCGCAAAGUGUUCUUCAGACGUCAUUAUCCUGUGUCAACCCUCAGCUUUUGCAGUGUGGACCCCGACCUCAGGAAGUGGCAGAGACAAUGUAAAUCUUCAAGAAUAUUUGGUUUUAUAGCAAAGAAUCCAACAGACCCAUCAAACAACGUGUGCCAUGUCUUUGCCGAAUAUGAUGCCAUUCAGCCUGCCUCACCUCUGAUUACCUUCCUGACAAAGUUGAUUCAACAGCAAGAAAGAGUCUGAUUGCUGAUACCACAGCUACAUGUGUGGUUUUAUAUACCCAUCCUUAUUUAUCGUAUGGGACAGCAGUGCUACGGGCUCCAUUUUUCUUAUGUGCUCUUGCCUCAAGCAUCAUUGUAUCACUUUUCAUGGACACUUAAAGCAAGUUGCCUAAAGUAUGUAUGGAUGCCUUCAGAAACCUUGAACUAAAGACCAAUCGGAUAUUUAUUAUUUGAUAAAAGACUUGUGAUCGUUUGU